CUUGGCAGGCCCCUAUUAUUUGCUCUUACAACAAUGACUUCCAAGUCCGAAGCCUUCGAUGUCAGCGUGACCGUCCCUUGCAACUCUCUGGCACCCCCCUCGUACAAUGCAAUUUCUACGUCAACCGUAUCGGCAGAUUCCAUCUGGUCCAAGCUAUGUCGCUGGGUAUUUCCCCGAGCCUUUUCACAAUCCAAGCAAGAAUGCCUAUCAUACAUCCGUGCAACUGUCUCCUCUCCCGAUUACAGUCCUUCCUUCGUCGCUCAAACUGCCAGCGCCUGUGUUGCCACUCUCCCAGCAGCAGAGUUCUCCAAACUCUUGCAACAACCCAAUAUCGAGGAUCACACGGCGCCGUAUUGGGCGAUCGUGAACAACUGCCUAGAAGCCCUGUGGGCGUUUAUGGACUUCAUUCCCGAUCCAUCGCCUGAUUGCUAUUCUGAUUUGCGUCUUGCGUGCAUGAUGGUUGGCGACAACACAUUGUUCACGCAGCUGGAAUUGAACGAAAUAGUUAGCUCCAAGGAUGACUCCUUGAGACAGUUUUUGGGAUGCCCUCCAGACGAGGUUCAGAUACAAGAGAGCAGUGGUCGCUUCGUUGCUUCUUUCUGUUUCAGGAUGUUCCAGAAACGCCUUCGUACUGCACAUGUAAUUGCCAUAGAAUAUCUUGCCAGGGGCCGUAUAUGGACGUUGUGGUUUUAUUUGUGUGAUGGAAAGUGGGUUGUUGAUUGUCGACUUGAAGAGCCCAGUUUGCCAGUAGAAGGAAGCAAUCAACUUCGGAUAGAGGCCCACAGAAAGUCGCCUGACUGUGCAACCCCGGAACCUCUAAUCAUUACCACAGAAUUUUCAUUGGCACCUGAGUAGGUUUAUUGCUCCCGCUAUCAACUCGAGGC